UGAAGGAAAUGUCCUUGCAAGGUUGGCCACGAAGUUUGUCUUCCAUGGCCCUUUCGUGGUAGGCUAACAUGCAGAGAAAUCCAAGGGUUUUGUCUGUUUUAGAAAAAUGCUUCCGUACCCAUCGCCUGCAGAGGAUUCGAAGCACGUCGGUCGUCGGUGGGGCCCGACGAAAAAGCGCAAGCUAGGGUCAAUCGAGCAGAUCUUCCUCCCACAAGACAUGCCGAGGUAAAGAAUCCACCUGUCCGCACAAGGCUGCUCAAUUUGGUUCUUGAAAGCACAAUAUUCUCAAGCGUCAUUCAACCAUCGCGUAGCAGGCAGCACAGCACCGUUCCCGCACUUUGUGCUCUUCACUAUAUACAUGCCUCGAGCUCCUCCUUCAAUAUUCUCCUAUUGCAUGUCCUUACAGUGCACUGCUCUGCUCUUGAGUUGACGGAGAGAGCUGGCACUUGCUUCACUCGGUUCCCCCGUGGUCCACUCUCUCAGCUGAACUGUUCAGUAGAUUUGUGGGAAAUUAGACUUUGUAGUUUGUAGGGGAGAGAGAGAGAGAGAGAGAGAGAGAGAGAAUGGGGAGAAAUUGACUUGGAAAUAUCGAACUGAAAGGAAUCAUGGGGACUACAGGAAUUCAUUCGCUUGCUCUAGCACUUCUUUGUUGUACCUGUCUUUUAUCGACAACAUAUGGAGAUUAUUCCGGAGGAUACAAGCUGGUUAGUUUGUCCAAUUACUCGGACGGGAAGGGUUUAGUCGCCUACCUCAAGUCGAUCGACGAUGGGAACUUUACCUAUGGUCCCCCUGUUGAGGAGCUUCAACUGACAGUCAGAUUCGAAACUGAUGAUCGUCUGCGAGUGAAGAUUACCGAUGGUAAGAAAGAUCGUUGGGAAAUUCCAGAAUGGAUUGUUCCCAGGGGCGCGAAGUCAAGCGAAGUAGCCUCUCUGACCUCUUCCGAGCCGGAGAAGCAGGGAGAAGUGUCUGUCGGAGACUCUUCGUUCAAGUUCUCGUACACAUCAGAGCCCUUCGGAUUCGCAGUAUCCAGGUCCUCGGGAGAAGUGUUGUUCAACACCACUCCGAAUGGGGACAUUGGCAGCUUGGUAUUCAAGGAUCAGUACUUGGAGAUAACAACUCACCUCCCCGAGAAAUCGGUCCUCUUCGGACUGGGAGAGAGCACAAGACCCGAUGGCUUGCGACUGGCUCCUGGUCGAGUCUACACUCUGUGGGCCACGGAUAUCGGCAGCAACAUUCCCGACAUCGAUCUGUACGGGACGUAUCCGUUUUACAUGGACUUGAGGAAGGGAGUGGCCCAUGGAGUGUUGCUUCUCAACAGCAACGGGAUGGAUGUUCUGUACGAGAGAGAUUCUCUGACGUAUCGAGUCAUUGGAGGAAUUCUGGACUUUUAUUUUUUCGCUGGCCCAACUCCUCUGUCAGUCGUCGACCAAUACACCCAACUCGUCGGAAGGCCUGCUGCCAUGCCCUACUGGUCUCUCGGAUUCCAUCAGUCCAGAUAUGGGUACAAGAAUCUGGAGGAAUUGGAAGAGGUUGUUGCCAAGUACGCGGCUGCAGAGAUUCCUCUCGAGACCAUGUGGUCUGACAUCGAUUACAUGGACGAGUACAAGGACUUCACCACGCACCCAGUAAACUAUCCUGAAGACAAACUGAGAACCUUCGUGGAGAAGUUGCACGCCAAUGACAUGAGAUACGUGAUCAUCGUCGACCCUGGAAUUGCGAUUGCCGAGAAUUACAGCACCUACCAACGAGGUCUGGAUUUGGACGUCUAUGUCAGGAAUCAAUACGGAGAGAAGUACCUUGCUCAAGUGUGGCCAGGACCAGUUUACUUCCCGGACUUCCUGCACCCGAACGCCGAAGAAUUCUGGACCACGGAGGUGGUGAAAUUCCACAAGAAGAUUCCAUUCGAUGGACUGUGGAUCGACAUGAACGAGGCGGCCAAUUUCUGCACGGGCCCGAGCUGUUUCAUCAAUCCCGACGUGGUGUGCCCUGGAGACGAUUACACAAUCUGCUGCCUCAUCUGCAACAACACGGUGCCAAUGUCGACAUGGGACGACCCGCCCUACAAAAUCAACUGCAUCGGCAAGUACCGAGAGCUCAAUGGAAGAACCAUCGCCAUGAGCGCGCAGCAUCACGGCGGCGUGCGAGAGUACGAUACGCACAAUCUGUUCGGCCUCACGGAAUCGAUCAUGACCAACCGCGCCUUGAAGACAUUGACGAAGAAGAGGCCUUUCGUGCUCUCGCGAUCGACCUUCGUCGGCUCCGGGGCGUACACUGCGCACUGGACGGGCGACAAUGGAGCUUCCUUCAACGAUUUGGCCUACUCCAUCGUCAGCUGCUUGAACUCGGGAAUGUUCGGAGUGCCGAUGGUGGGCGCGGACAUUUGCGGGUUCCUCGAUGACACUUGGGAGGAGCUCUGCAAUCGGUGGAUUCAGGUCGGCGCAUUCUACCCUUUCGCCAGAGACCAUGGCGAUUUCCAUAGCAUUCACCAGGAGCUUUACCUCUGGGACUCCGUGGCCAGCAAUGCCAAGGUCGUCUUGAACCUCCGCUACAAGCUCUUGCCCUACUACUACACCCUAAUCUUCGAAUCGCACAACACCGGAGCUCCGAUUAUGAGGCCUCUCUUCUUCGAGUACCCCGAGGACGAGAAGACGAUGGACAUCAACACCCAAUUUCUCGUCGGCCGAGGAAUUAUGGUGUCGCCCGUCGUGGCCGCAGGGCAGGACACCAUCGCUGCUUACUUCCCUCCGGGGGUUUGGUACAAUGCGUUCAACAAUUCGGACAUUGUGAAAGUGGAGGGCAGCGGAGAAUUGCUAGUCCUUCCUGCUCCAUUGGACACGAUUCAAGUGCAUUACAGGCAGGGAUUCAUCAUCCCGAUGCAGGAGGCGGCCAUGACCACUACCUCGGCGAGGAGGACGCCGUUCACGCUCAUGGUGGUGUUCGGGGACGAGGACGAGGCCGAGGCUGCGGGAGAGCUUUUCUUGGACGACGGCGAGGAAUUGGAGAUGCGGGUGAAGGCCGGGAGGUCGACAUUCGUGAAAUUCAGCGCGCACAAAUUCCAAGGGAAGGGAUCGAUCGAGGCCAAGGUGACGGCGGGAGAAUUCGCUCUCAGCCAGCACUUCGUUCUGCACAAGAUCACCAUCCUCGGGCUGCGGGAGCCGCCAUCGCGAGUGCGAUUGACGGGAAAUCUGGCACCCGUGAUGAGCCCUGCGCUCGAGAUUUCGUCCUCGGGCCUGCGAUCGGUCGACAUCUCGCACCUGAACCUGUCUCUGAGCGAGAGCUUCGGCCUCUCGUGGGACUUCGACUUCGAUUCGAUCGCAUCGUCGUGAGCAAUUUGUAGGAACUCAAAACAGCAACUUUGCUGUGGCUAUAGACUCUACGGAAGGUAAUGGGAAUCGGAUUUUGUGGAGAAAUUCCACCCUCGAUUUGAGCUUUAGAACAGUUCCAAUUGAAGCAAGUGCAAGCAUCGAUCGAUCAGCUCAUUCAUAUGUAGCAUAGUCUCCGCGCAAGGCAAUCGAAGAAUCUCCAAUCAGAAGAUCAGUCUCUUCUCGCCCGCACUCAUCCACAUCCACAUUGUAUUGGCAAUCGUUCAUCGUUAACCAGACCUUUAUUACGCCUUCUCAGAUUCCUACGAGCUUCUGCAGCUUUGGAUGCCAGAUUUGUGACGGAAACCUUCUGUCUACUCGAUUUUUGCUCCUCUUCAA